AUGAGGAAGAAGACCGCCGGCCGCCAUCGCUCGAAGAUUCUGAGACUACUUCUUGGGGACUCUCCCGGCCAGUCCGGUGGGUUAUUGCCUCCACCUCCCUCAACACCAUCGUCUCCAUCUCCAGCGCUGUUGCCAGUGACCCUAGCAAUACCAGCACUAACGUCGUCAUCCGCUCCUUCGGUGGUCCCACCCUCGGUCCCAGCGCUCCCCUAUCAUGGGGAGGCUAUGGUUGUGAAGGUGGAGCCAACCGAGGAGCCAGUAGUGUCCGCAAGCGCCGAUUCUGCCAUCAGCGAGUCACCCAUCAAGCUCCUAGACUUGCCGGAGUCUAGCACGUCGGCGGCGAAGAAAGUGAUCGAACUCUCUGACGAUGAGUCAGAGGGUUUGGCUGCCCUCGAUGUCCCCACCUCCGCCGUUCCUGCUGAAGCUAGCCCUUCUGCUCCACGCAUCUUCGCCCAUCCAGGCACAAGCGGCGAUGAGGAGUUUGCAAGGGCACUCUUCAUCACCCUCAAUCGUGAGGCCCUCGGCAUCCCCGGCGACGGGGGCCUUGUCGAUCUGGUGAGCGAUGAGGAGGACUACGGGGCAUCCAGCGGCGGCGAGCAAGAAGGUGGCGUGGCCUCAGGCGAGGAGAAGAAGGAGGAGGCCGCGAGCGGCGACGCGUCACCGUUUCAGGCCACCGCAUCUCCUAGUCCUCCACCAAGUGCCUGA